AAAUCCGAUGCUUACAGAUUGAGUCUCAUUGGUCCGACAGACCCCACUCUUUUACAGUCGGGCGGAUCAUCAUGAUGCAGCGCAAGUAUACCUUAUUUCACCGCUAAUCUCCGUGACCUACUCCGAGGCUGUGAGUAUAUCAUGUACCAUGCUGGCAAUACCAUGCCAUCUAUUCAAUAGUUCCCGCUACCUGGAUCCUUACAUCGAGUCAUCCUUAUCAUGGCAUACCAAAAAGCAGUCAUCAUCACCGCACCGCAACAUGCACAACUGGUCCACGACCGGCCCAUUCCCAAGUUGCGGGAUGACUGCAUCCUAGUCAAAACCAUCAGUGUCGCCCUGAACCCCACCGACUGGAAACAUAUCGACUACCUCGCCAGCCCCGGGGUACUUGUCGGGUGCGACUACGCCGGCACCGUGGAGGACGUCGGCAAAGCUGUUAAGAAACCAUUUGUCAAAGGCGAUCGCAUCUGUGGAUUUGUACACGGAUCCAAUGCCGUGCAGCCAGAGGAUGGGGCGUUCGCGGAAUACAUUGUCGUCAAGGGGGAUCUCCAGUACAGGAUCCCUGAGAGCAUGUCCUUCGAAGAGGCGGCAACAUUAGGCUUAGGAGCUAUCACUGCCGCUCUGGGCCUCUACCAGAGCCUUCGCCUUUCACUACCCACGUCUCCAGCGCAUGAGAAACUCCCGGUGUUGGUGUACGGAGGAUCAACAGCGACCGGGACCUUGGCGAUCCAGCUUGCCAAGCUAUCGGGGUAUACUGUUCUGACGACUUGUUCUCCUCGUCACGCCGAUCGAGUGAAGUCCCUGGGUGCGGACGCGGUUUUCGACUACAACGAUCCCGAUGCCGCCAACGCAAUCAGAAAGUAUACCAACGACAGCCUUACUCUGGCUUUCGAUACCGUGUCCGUCGAAAGCAGUGCCAGAUUCUGCGAUAUGGCUCUUUCUUCGCAGGGGGGAGAUUAUAGCUCCCUGCUACCGAUCGCAAUUGAACGGGAGAAUGUACGCGAUCGAGCCACGAUGGCCUACACUGCGUUCGGUGAGAGAUUCAUCUUUGGAUCCAAAGAGAUUCCUGCGCGGCCCGUCGAUAGAGAAUUUGCGGAAGCUUUUACGGCUAUCUUCGAGGAGUUGCUGGCGAGCGGCAGGAUCAAGCCCCAUCCGGUUCGCGUUGGCGAUGGCGGGCUAGAUGGUGUUUUGGACGGGCUGCAGCUGUUGAGGGAAGGAAAGAUUAGUGGCGAGAAGCUUGUUUACGAUCUCACAAGAAACUGAUUUUGGCUUCAUCACAAUACCCAGUAUCUUAUGUCAAAGUCUCUAAUCCUCAG